UGCCCCGGUCUGACCCUUGUCCCCUCCUCUCCCCGCCCCCCUGGCGGCGGCGGCGGCGGCGGCUGUUGUCACCCACCGGGCCGCCUGUCCCGCUUGCCCUCACCGCCGCGGGGCUGGCCAGGCCAGGCCGGCCAGGCCGGGGACAGGCGGCCACCUUCUCAUCGCCGCCGCCGCCGCCACCACCAUGCUGGCCGUUCGCCCACCGCACUGGGGGCCCCAUCGCUCCCCAGCCCCCCGUGGGCCCAGCGCCAGCCCUGACCCGGGUCUCAGCGGCGGUGGCAGCCGAGGUGCAGGAUGCGAGAAGGCGCCCCCCGGCCGGGCUCCCGCUCCAGGCCUCACACCCCUGCGGCCCUCUGAGCCCACCAUGGCCGUCCCCCCAGGCCAUGGUCCCUUCUCUGGCUUUCCAGGGCCCCAGGAACACACACAGGUAUUGCCUGAUGUGCGGCUACUGCCUCGGAGACUGCCCCUGGCCUUCCGGGACGCGACCUCAGCCCCCCUGCGCAAGCUCUCAGUGGACCUCAUCAAGACCUACAAGCACAUCAAUGAGGUGUACUAUGCGAAGAAGAAACGGCGGGCCCAACAGGCACCACCCCAGGACUCGAGCACCAAAAAGGAGAAGAAGGUCCUGAACCACGGUUAUGAUGACGACAACCACGACUACAUUGUGCGCAGCGGCGAGCGCUGGCUAGAGCGCUAUGAGAUUGACUCCCUUAUUGGCAAAGGCUCCUUUGGCCAGGUGGUGAAAGCCUAUGAUCACCAGACCCAGGAGCUGGUGGCCAUCAAGAUCAUCAAGAACAAGAAGGCCUUCCUGAACCAGGCCCAGAUUGAGCUGCGGCUGCUGGAGCUGAUGAACCAGCACGACACAGAGAUGAAGUACUACAUAGUGCACCUGAAGCGGCACUUCAUGUUCCGGAAUCAUCUGUGCCUGGUGUUUGAGCUGCUGUCCUACAACCUGUAUGACCUCCUGCGCAACACACACUUCCGAGGUGUCUCCCUGAACCUGACUCGGAAGCUGGCACAGCAGCUCUGCACGGCACUGCUCUUUCUGGCCACACCCGAGCUCAGCAUCAUCCACUGCGACCUCAAGCCUGAGAACAUCCUGCUCUGCAAUCCUAAGCGCAGCGCCAUCAAGAUCGUGGACUUCGGCAGCUCCUGCCAGCUUGGCCAGCGGAUCUACCAGUAUAUCCAGAGCCGCUUCUACCGCUCACCCGAGGUGCUCCUAGGCACACCCUAUGACCUGGCCAUCGACAUGUGGUCCCUGGGCUGCAUCCUUGUGGAAAUGCACACCGGAGAACCCCUCUUCAGCGGCUCCAAUGAGGUGGACCAGAUGAGCCGAAUUGUCGAGGUGUUGGGCAUUCCGCCCGCGCCCAUGCUGGAACAGGCACCCAAGGCUCGCAAGUAUUUUGAGCGGCUGCCUGGGGGUGGCUGGACCCUACGAAGGACAAAGGAACUCAGGAAGGAUUACCAGGGCCCCGGGACACGGCGGCUGCAGGAGGUGCUGGGCGUGCAGACGGGCGGGCCCGGGGGCCGGCGGGCGGGGGAGCCGGGCCACAGCCCCGCCGACUACCUCCGCUUCCAGGACCUGGUGCUGCGCAUGCUGGAGUAUGAGCCCGCCGCCCGCAUCAGCCCGCUGGGCGCUCUGCAGCAUGGCUUCUUCCGCCGCACGGCCGACGAGGCCACCAACACGGGCCCGGCAGGCAGCAGUGCCUCCACCUCGCCGGCGCCCCUCGACACCUGCCCCUCCUCUAGCACCGCCAGCUCCAUCUCCAGCUCUGGGGGCUCCAGUGGCUCCUCCAGUGACAACAGGGCCUACCGCUACAGCAACCGAUAUUGUGGGGGGCCCGGGCCCCCCAUCACCGACUGUGAGAUGAACAGCCCCCAGGUUAUACCCUCCCAGCCUCUGCGCCCUUGGGCAGGGGGUGAUGUGCCCCACAAGACACAUCAAGCCCCUACCUCUGCCUCAGCAUUGCCAGGGACUGGAGCCCACUUACCCCCACAACCCCGAUGCCUUGGACGUCCCCCAUCACCAACAUCACCACCACCCCCGGAGCUGAUGGAUGUGAGCCUGGUGGGCAGCCCUCCAGACUGCUCCCCACCUCAUCUGGCACCUGCCCCCCAGCACCCGGCUGCCUCAGCCCUCCGGACUCGGAUGACGGGAGGUCGACCACCUCUCCCACCCCCUGAUGACCCUGCCACUCUGGGGCCUCGCCUGGGCCUCCAUGGCGUACCCCAGAGCACAGCAGCCAGCUCAUGACCCUGCCCCUCCCUGGGGCCCCUCCUGAAGCCAUACCCCCCCAUCUGGGGGCCCUGGGCUCCCAUCCUCAUCUCUCCCCUUGACUGGACUUGCUGCUACCCAGCUGGGGUGGGUGAGGCCUGCACUGAUUGGGGCCCAGGGCAGGGGGUCGAGGGAGAAGGGUUUUGGCCACACCCUCCCCACUAAGACUGGACCCUUGGCCCCUCUCCCCUUGUUUUCUAUUUAUUGUACCAAAGACAGUGGUGGUCCGGUAGAGGGGAGAUUUCCCUCACCCUAGGGCCCUAGGAGGGGGUGGGGGCAGGUAGGGGGAGAUGGCCUUGCUCCUCCUUGCUGUACCCCCCAGUAAAGAGCUUUCUCACAUGCCUGCCUGAGCGUUUGCAGGGCCUUGGCUCCCUCUUCUGACCCUCAGAGGCAUGGUGGGGAAGGUUGUGUGGGGAAGAAGAGAUGCUUUGUGGUGUGGGUAUAUCCCUCCUGGGGACAUCAUACUUCUUGGUGCAGGCAAGGGGCAGUGGGAGGUUGGCGGGCUGUAGAACCAUUGACACAUCCUGGGUGCAAAGUUCUGGCCCACAUUUGCCUUUUCCAGGGUAACCCCCCCCCCCAUUUUUUUUUUUUUCUGGCCUGUUUCUGGGAAUUGUAAUGCUCUGCCCUCAUCUGUCAGGGCUCACAAAGAAGAGUCCACCCGGGAGAGGCUUUUUGUAUCAGGCAGGCACCCAGUAGGCUCUGGGUGUACUCGACAGGCCUUCCUUGGUACUAUCCAGACAGGCAAUGGGGACAGAUUUUACCCCACCUGUGUCCAGCCCCAUUCUGGAGUCAAUGCAGAAUAUUGAGAUUCUCGGGCAAAAAGACGCUCCCUGACUUCCAGGUAAGUGGUUUUUGUUUCAUGGCAAUUUGGAAUCAGCUGUCUCCCAAACAGCCUAGCAAGAACCACCUGGUUCAAACUGUUAAGAGCUCUCACAACGGGCGGGCGCGGUGACUCCUGGGAGAUGGAGUUCUACAAGGCCGGCUCUUAGCUCGCUUUUCUUGGGGAACUACAAAGCCCAGAAGUCUCUGCGCAUGUGACUGGGGAGUGUUCAAUGAGCUUUCUAGCAUUAGGGCCCGGAUGUUGGCGGGCCAGUAGGACGGGUGGUGAUUGGAUGAUGGGCGGGGGCGGGGGCGGUGUGGGGAGUAGUCAACCCUUUUUGUCCGGCUUGGGCAGAGCAGUGGAGGGCACUUGGCAAAGGCCGCGGUGAGCAAGUUCCUGGUCACUUGUGGGUUACUGGUGAUGGUGAUCAUUUUGAGAAUGCCAGUUAAGAUUUAUUGAGGGUCUCUGAAUAUCUAGGGAGCUGGACUUUUUCGAAGGGACUGAGGCACAAUGAGAGGAAGGUGAGCAGCCAGUUUUUCUGAAGUCUGGAAGUGGGUUGCAGAAAAAAAAAAAAAAAAAA